GCCAUUAACAAAUUAAGCCACACACUGCCUAGCAUGGUUUCAAAGGGACUGGAACACAACAUGUAACAUCUGACUGGACUGAUUUGGACAAAGUGAUUUGUCCCGGGAUCUCUAGCUCAUCAAAUUCAUUGCCCUCUGGUCAGCUUCAUUAAGACAUGGGGAUAGUUUCCGUCGUUGGUGUCGUCGUCGCCACGGUGUUAUCACUUUGUUCUGUCGUCGUUCUGUCUGUGACGACUGACGUCACUACUGUCUCAAGUAACACCAAUGUCAGCCUUAUCAGCACCAUUGUCAACCCCGACACCACGGACUUCAUUCUUGACCCCUUAACUGACGCCAGCAACGUCACAGACACUGUCAACAACACCGUCACCGACGCCCCGCCGGUGGAGCAAGACACUGUCAACAACACCGUCACCGACGCCCCGCCGGUGAAGCCAAAGAUGCCAGCCUGGUCCAGAUGUUUAUUGCAAGGAAACGGGAACAAAACAGCUGAUGAUUCGACUAUAGUCGCCGUUCUUCUGUCAUGGUGCAAGGGCUACAAGAAGAUCAUACCGUGUCUGGCUAAAGGGAUCCCGAAACAGGCUCGAACCAACCCUCUUGACUUCUUCCUAUCAUUGGGCUUCAACCCUUCGAACUUGAUGAAAAGGAGCAAGGACAUAUGCAAGGAAAUUCCAGUAUUAGCUGGUCGCAUCCUCUGCGCCGUCAACAGCAGCCAGACCGACGCCGGACGCUGCACGCGACGAUUCGGCAUUUCACUAGGUCACAUGUACUCAGCCUACGGGAAUGGUGUAUCUCGAGGGGCGCUGAAACCCCUAGGUUGCGACUUGACUCGCGAGACAACACGAUGUUUGGAGAAGACUUUGCAUUCUUGUGAACCGGAUGUGAAGCAGGUGCUGCUGAGUUACUACGCGCUCUUCACUGCCCGAAAGUGCAUUGUGAAAACAGUUGCCAAGCCUCCAGUCCCGGUGGACACUGAUCCAAUCACAAUAAGGUGUGCAAAGGAAUCUUCCAAACUGGCCAAACUGGACGGUGCCACACCCAAGACUCUCCGCGAGGGUGUAAUAAGAGGGAUGCGAGUGGACUGUCAAACCUACGAAGCUCGAUUCAAGUGUUACGAACGAGAGCUGAAGCGUCCCAACGGCUUCUGGGAUACAUGGUUGAGGUACACAUUUGACCUUCAGAAUGCUCUUGAAGGUCAUCGAGAGAUGUGCCCAAGAAUUGAAGACAUCAUACAACAGGUGACCCCCGACUGUUUCAACGUGUCUGAACCGUUCAUACGCAACUGUGAGAACAUGUUUGCUACUUUAGCGAACGACAUGAAGACCGAUCCUACUGUUAAUGACACUGAUAUUGGAGAAGGAGCGUGCAAUGCGUCAAUCGUGAAGGCUGACUGUUACAAGGAGGCGUUUCUCAAGUGCGACCCAGACCUUGCCGAUAUUAUGAUGCAGACCGUCCUUCGACCUCUGCCUGUGGAAUGCCGGGAUAGAGGAGUAACCGGAAGUGGAGUUACCUCCCUUAAUGUUACCGACACCAAAGCAAUCGAUGUCAAAACUAUAGACACGAAGACCAUAUCAGAUGCUGUUGCAGUAGCCGCGGAGAAGUUCUUAGGAACCGAUAGCCCCACAGAUGGCGCCACUGUCAAUAAAACUUCCAAUGUUUCUGUCAGACGUCAGAGAUCAGUGGGACCGUACUGUCAGUGUCAGACGUCAGACAUCAGUGGGUCCGUACUGUCAGUGUCAGACGUCAGACAUAAGUGGGACCGUACUGUCAGUGUCAGACGUCAGACACCAGUGGGGCCGUACUGUCAGUGUCAGAUGUCAGACAUCAGUGGGUCCGUACUGUCAGUGUCAGACGUCAGACAUCAGUGGGUCCGUACUGUCAGUGUCAGACGUCAGACAUCAGUGAGGCCGUACUGUCAGUGUCAGACGUCAGACAUCAGUGAGGCCGUACUGUCAGUGUCAGACGUCAGACAUCAGUGGGACCGUACUGUCAAUGUCAGACGUCAGACAUCAGUGGGACCGUACUGUCAGUGUCAGACGUCAGAGAUCAGUGGGACCGUACUGUCAGUGUCAGACGUCAGACAUCAGUGGGACCGUACUGUCAGUGUCAGACGUCAGAGAUCAGUGGGACCGUACUGUCAAUGUCAGACGUCAGACAUCAGUGGGACCGUACUGUCAGUGUCAGACGUCAGACAUCAGUGGGACCGUACUGUCAGUGUCAGACGUCAGACAUCAGUGGGACCGUACUGUCAGUGUCAGACGUCAGACAGACGUUUAACAAGGCUCAUCGUUCAGGGACUGUGA